CUUUCAUGGUUGCAGAUGAUCGAUCACUCUCAGUCACUAUCUCAUUAAUUAUUUGUAUGUUUGUUUAAUUAGAUUAGUGGUUGGCUUGCUGAUCAGUUUCCAAAUAGAUCAGACUGGCAAAAGGGACACAGUUAGCAGAAAUAGUAUCGUCAAAGAUUCUUUCACAGGGUUAUUUAUUUGUAAAGUAUUUCUAUUUACGUGAAUAAUCCAAAUAAUUACAGUCGUUAGAAGAGAUUUAAUAAUAGAUCAUUUAUUACAUACUAACACGUCCACUUAAAUGAAAGUCAAUUAUAUAGAUUUGAAGAUUUUACAAGUUCAAAUAUCAUAAUUUAACUAAUGAAAUCUUUGAAGUCCGAAUAAAAAACCUCUCAAUUACAUAAAACUCUGUUUACUCGACUCAGACGAGAAUCAAUAAUAGAUCUUGCAGCACAUACUAUGAGAUACGAUGUGUGUUAAAGUAUUACUGAUUGAUCGACAUUCCAUUUCCAUAUAUAUAUAUAUAUAUAUAUAUAUAUAUAUAUAUAUAUAUAUAUAUAUAUAUAUUCAUUCAGUUCCAUGGAUUAUGUACUUUGUACAAUGUAUCUGUUCUGCCACAUUGAUCUGCGAUUUGCCACAUGUUUGUCUUUAUGAAGUUCUGCAGAUUUUUUUUCUUCUGCAGAAGUUGAUAUGUGAGCACUGAGGGCCGAGAUUCUGCUGUUUCUAUGAUUUACCCUAUUAUUAAAAACUGAUCCCUGUUGGCCUAUAAGCUGGUUCAGAUCAUUGAAGCUUGCUCGGCGUUGUUAAAAGUUUGUUAAUCCUUUAGAUUAUGUGCAACGAGCCCGAGUCCUCGUUACUUCCAAUAUUAACGUUUUCAAGCAGAUUAUAUGACGAGCAUGUGCAGACUUCAAGGUUAUUUGAAUGAGUGUGUAAGAAAGUUGGUUAAAAUCUAUGCAUGAAUCUCUAUCAACAACUCGAGUUAUUGGAAUCGGUUGGUUUACUUACAGAAAAAACCAUUAAUAUGUUGAAGUCUCAAUAAUACUUGAGUUGUUAGAGAGUUGUAUAAGAACGAGCAUAACCUUCUCCUAACAACUCAAGUUAUCUCUAACACGCCCUCUCAAACGAAAGUCAACCCAUGGGUUUGAAGUUUGCACAGACGAUCACAAUACCUUCUGCUUUAAUCAACUGUUAAUAUUGGGGGUCGUGGAGAUUCGAACACACGACUAGUACUUGGUCAAACCAGCUCUGAUACCAUGUCAUAAAUCAGUUGGUCUCAAUAACCGGAAUAGAAAACUCUGAUACAUAUAUGUGUCUAUAUCAUUAACCGGUUGGUCCUAAUAAUUGAUUUUUAUCGGUGCCAUACGGAGAAGGUAUUUUGGUUUCUAAAUGGUGUGUCAUGUGACUGAUAUCUAGUUAUCUACUAUCCUACGUGUGUCUGUGUGUAUCUCUCUUUUAUACAGUUUUUUUUUUUUUGGUAAGAACUCUUUUAUACAAUUUUGAUUCGUAGUUAAUUAUACUUAUGGAUUUUAUAUAUGCGGGAAAAUAUUUUUUUUAAGCUAGCAAAUAAUUAAAUAAAUAAGUUGAAAACCCAAGUGUCCACAUAUCCAUUGGUUGGCAGGAACAGAAGAUUUUGUUGUACUAGAAUAUUGCCGCAGGAAGUCCCCAUGAAAUGAACAUAAUCGCCCUUCCAACAGAAGAUUUUGUUGUACUAGAUUAUUAUAAAGUGAUUUAUAUAUAUAUAUAAACACAGUCAUGUAGAAUUGAUGGCAGCUAGCUAAGAUCAUAUAUAGUGAUUCUGCCCCACAUGUGUGUAGAUGCUGCUGCUGUGAUGUGGGAUUCAAUUUUUCCCGUCGAUCAAUCAUAUUCUUGUAUUACUUAAGAGAUCGUAUAACAUGUCUCAAAUUUAAUACAACGCGAAAGGCGGAAUCUAUUACAGACUCCCCGUGAAAGGUUCACCAUAACAAGCCAACAUCAAUGACGUCCCAAACAUAAACAUCAGCUAUGGAAUAAACAUCGUGUCUGUCUCGUAUCAUCCAGAAUCCCAAUGUUAUAGAGGACAGAGAGCCACUUCCCACUUCACGCUCAGUUGCGUCAAGUAUGCGACGAUAAGUCUUGCUUUUCGCAAUAUACACGUUAUUGGUUGAGUAGAUGGAUUUGCAAGUUGCUUCAAGAGUUUGGCUACAUGAAUUGUUGCAACUUUGUGAGAUUCAUCUAUAUAUGUCAAUCAUCAAUCAAUGGAAACAAGUUAAAUAACUUGCAAGUGCUGCAACAUAUUCAUAAAUUUGGCCCCUCCGUCUAGGCAUAUAUUUAUGAGGGAAAUUUUAUGAGAAUCUGGAAAUUGGACCAACAUCCCAAUUGGUAGUGUGAUCUAUCUUGGAUAUGGGUUUAAUUUUCUGUUGUUAAUUUGCUUGAUUUUUAAAUUCCCCCACCAUGCAUUAUGCAAUUAACUAUAUGAUCUUUUUUUCUCAAAUCUCAGAGCUUUUAAAUUCUUUAACAUGAAUUAUAUAUGUAGAAACCUCUUUUUUAUAUUAUGGAUAUACGUGUAUCAAUGAUUUUUUUUAUAUUACAGGGGCAUAAAAAUUCUCACAACAAUACUUACCUGAAAACUAACUAAAUACUUCACUUUGGGCAAAAUUGUUUAUGGCCCGAUGUUAUGUAUGAGGACGGGAUAACGAGAACUUCUUUAUCGGACGGAGUUGAUAAUCUAUGAUAAUAAUAUAUGUUCUAGUUUAACACGUGUACUUGGAUUUCCCCAAAUAUAGAAAACUUUCUUACUUCCCACAAGCUUAACCAUAUUGUGGAAGACGUACUCUUCCUAGCGGAGAGAGAGUUACAAUGAGUAAGCUAAAAGUCCUUCAGCAGUCAAGCUCACAAAGACUCGUAGAGAGUGAAUAAGGAUCAAGUUUGUUUAAUCAGAAGUGUCAAGUUAAAAUCUUUGAAGCUCCGAAAAUCCAACCCUUCUAUAUAAAUGUAUAUACACGCCCUUUUGCUCUAAAUUCACCAUUUGAAAUUAAGGUAUUUCUAUAAUAGUUAUAUUUUUUUUCUCAGUUUUUGUUUCGUUCAAUCGAUCACGGGACUGGAUACUAUAACAACACCCCUUGUGUUGUUAUUGUAACAACACUAGCCUCCAACCAAUAGGAAGCUAAGAUUGUGAUGACUUUUUAUUAGAUGAGUUGACCUAGUGUAUAAUCAAAGCAGGGGUAUAAUUGUCAUUAUGAAAACUCUGUUUAAAUAAUAAAAUAAAUUAAAAAAUUAAAAAAUUAAAAAAAAAUAAAAAAUAUUUUUUUUAUUUUCUGCCCAAAAAUUUGGUCGUCGAAAUCUGGUCGCCGGUCACCGGAAUAUGCUUUUUUGUCGCCGGAAUAUGCUAUUUUGUCAUCGGAAUAUGCUCACCGUCGCUGGAAUAUGCUUACCGGCGUCGGAAUAUGCUUACCGGCAUCGGAAUCUAGUCACCGGGGCCGGAAUAUGCUUAUCGGCGCCAGAAUCCGCUCACUGACGGUCAUCGGAGUUUGGUCAACGAACUUCGUUGACCGGUCAACGGUCUUCGUUGACCGGUCAACGACCACCGGAUGUUUGGUCUACAUUGUGAGAUUUAUGGUUUGGUUUCUCAUAUUUUCGUAUGCCUUUUGUGGUUUGCUUUAUCGCGUUUGUGGUUUGCAUUACGAAGUUCCUGGUUUGCUUUAUCGUGUUUGUGGUUUGCAUUGAGAAGUUUCUGGUUUGCUUUCAAAAACUUUGUGGUUUGCAUUGUGGGGUUUUUGGGUUGUUUUAGGAGAUUUGUGGUAUGCAUUAGGAGGUUUCUGGUUUGUUUUUGUGGUUUGCUUUAACGUGUUAGUGGUUUGCUUUAUCGCGUUUGUGGUUUGCAUUAAGAAGUUUCUGGUUUGCUUUAUCGUGUUUGUGGUUUGCAUUGAGAAGUUUCUGGUUUGUUUUCAAAAAUUUCGUGGUUUGCAUUGAGGGGUUUCUGGUUUGUUUUAGAAGAUUUGUGGUAUGCAUUAGGAGGUUUCUGGUUUGUUUUUGUUGUUUGCUUUAACGUGUUUGUGGUUUGAAUUAUGAGGUUUCUGGUGUGUUUUUUAAAAUUCUGUGGUUUGCUUUGUGAGGUUUCUGGUUUGUUUUAAUAUAUUUUUUGUCUGCAUUAGGACGUUUCUGGUUUGUUUUUGUGGUUUGCUUUAAUGUGUUAAUGGUUUGCGUUAUGAGUUUUCUGGUGUGUUUUUGAAAAUUCUGUGGUUUGCUUUGUGAGGUUUCUGGUUUGUUUUAGGGAAUUUGUGGUAUGCGUUGGGAGAUUUCUAGUAUGUUUUUGAAAUAAUUGUGGUUUGCUUUGUGAGGUUUCUGCUAUGUUUUAGACUAUUUGUGGUAUCUAUUGAGAGGUUUCUGGUAUACUUUUUGUGAUUUGUUUUACUGUGUUUGUGAUAUGCAUUAUGGAGUUUAUGUUAUGUUUUGUGGGAUUUCAGGUCUAAAUAAGGAGAUUUGUGAUAUGGAUUAAGAAACUUUUGAGAUUAUAAAUUUUUUUGAAUGCAACGCGCCAAUGUUACACAAAUUAAGAUCGCAUCUUCAAACUAAAUCACAAUAAACUAUUGGCUGCUCAAUUUGUAAUUAAUCUAUCUACUGACAAAUUAAGAAACAACAAAUUAGUAAUUGAGAAACAACAAAUUGGAACAAACUGACAAAUAGCUCUUUCGCAGGAGCUGACUCGACCUAAGAAAGCUUUUGCAAGCAAACUGGAUCAAUUAAUCUAUCCAUUGUCCACUCAAUUGGUAAUUAGAAACAACAAAUUGAACGAGAAGUACUUCAUGGAAAUCCUUUGGAAUGAAUUUCCCCUUCACUAACUCGUUCACAGUCGGUGCCGCCAUGACCGCGAAUCUCAAGGAAAGGAAGCGCGGCGAAGUUGCAGGACAAGGACAACCAUAGAGAUAUGAGUCUCAACGGGGCAGCUUGGGAGCCUCAAUGAAGUCGAGUCGGCGCUGCCAUGGCCGCGAAGCUCUGGGAGGGAGAAAGAGCGGUGGAGCUGCAGGUAGAGGAGAGCUGGAGAGAAACGAGUAGCGACAGAGCAGCAGGGGAGCAAGGAGUGCCGGAAUUUCAGAGUUCGAUUUCUCCCCGUCCCUCCAGUCUUGAUUUCCUCGAUGAUGGAGCCGAUUACAAGCUGGACUACUGCAAGGUGUAAUCGGGGACAUCACAAUAGAGAAGAUCACUGUGGCGGCUAUUUGUCCGGUCGGUACCUGAGAAAUCGACGGCGGUGACGGGAUUCUUUGUGAUAGUUUGAGAUCGGAGGAGGACGGUGCUUCUGCCGUCGGAGUCGAAAGAGGCGUUUUCUAUGGGCAGCGAAGGAGGGGGAGUGCUGUUGUAGAUCUCGUAAUUGAGAGGGACAACCGAAAUCUGGGGAGGGUUGCGGAGUUACAGGACACGGAAGUUGGGAAGGAAAAAUAUAUAUUAAUUAAAUUUUAGUUUUGUUUAAUUUACCCUUAUACCCUUGUUGUUAUAGUAACAACAAAAUAGGUGUUGUUAUACUAUCCGGACCCAUCGAUCACUCUUACAAAGAGGAUAGAACAAAGGUACAGAAGACAAUAGUUUAUCUAUUACGAAACCAGAAAAGGAAGUCAAACCUUUUUAAUAAGCGCGGGAUGAUAAC